UGAAGACAGAAAGUGGAGGAAGAGCUCGUCCUAGUAUCACCAUGUUUCAGGCUGUUUGGAGGAAUCCAAAUCAAAUGUAGUACACAGAGAGAAAAUUUAGGCCUGAGCAGUGCUGGCUCCUCCCUCAGCAGCCCAGUCAGCCUCAUAAGCAGGACCCAAGUGCUUCCUGGAGCAGCUCACAUUCUUGUGCUCUUCAUCUGCUCUCUCACAACCCUUCUGCACCAGACAUGGCGACUUUUCUGGAGCUCAGCACCAAAGCCAAGAUGCCCAUUAUAGGCCUGGGGACCUGGGAGUCUGCCCCAGGCAAGGUCAAAGAAGCUGUGAAGGCAGCCAUUGAUGCAGGGUAUCGCCACUUUGACUGUGCUUACACCUAUCAGAAUGAGAAUGAGGUGGGCGAAGCCAUCCAAGAGAAGAUCCAAGAGAAGGCUGUGAAGCGGGAGGACCUCUUCAUUGUUAGCAAGUUGUGGUCCACAUGCUUUGAGAGAAGCCUGGCAAAGGAAGCCUUCCAGAAGACCCUGAAUGACCUGAAACUGGACUACCUGGACUUGUACCUCAUUCACUGGCCCCAGGGAUUUCAGCCGGGAAAGGAUAUUUUCCCCAAAGACGAGAAAGGCAAUAUAAUCCUCAGUAAAACAACAUUCUUGGAUGCUUGGGAGGUCAUGGAGGAGCUGGUGGAUGAAGGUUUGGUGAAAGCCAUUGGCAUCUCCAAUUUCAACCACUUUCAAAUCGAAAAGCUCUUGAACAAGCCAGGGCUGAAAUAUAAACCAGUCACUAACCAGGUGGAGUGUCACCCAUACCUCACCCAGGAGAAACUGAUCCAGUACUGCCACUCCAAGGGCAUCACUGUCACUGCCUACAGCCCUCUGGGCUCCCCAAAUAGACCAUGGGCCAAGCCAGAGGACCCUUCACUGCUGGAAGAUCCCAAGAUUAAGGAGAUCGCUCAGAGGCACAAAAAAACCACUGCCCAAGUUCUGAUCCGGUUCCAUAUCCAGAGGAAUGUAGCAGUGAUCCCCAAGUCUGUGACUCCAGCACGUAUUGUUGAGAACUUUCAGGUCUUUGACUUCAAGCUAAGCGAUGCAGAGAUGACGACCAUCCUCAGCUUCAACAGAAACUGGAGGGUUGCUUCUUUCAGGGACUUUGAAAAUACGGAGGAGUACCCUUUCCUUGCGGAAUACUGA